ACGCAGAGAAAAGCGGCUGUCAGCGGCAGCCUCGGAACCAAAGAGUUGGAGGUUUUGUUUCCCGUCCGGAUGUUGUUGCGGUAUCUCACCGGCUUGGUGGUUGUUAUAGCUCAGUCGCGGUGCGUGGCGGCAGGCUACAGGGGAGGGCGCGAUGGAGGAAGAGGACACGAGAGACUGCAAUGAAACGUGUGUACAGUGUUCUGAUGUCAACUGGGGACUUACAGAAGAAGGCAAAUUUUAUUGCAGAUCUUGCCACAAUGUUAUAGAAAGGACUAGAGAAGUUGUAACUGGUGAAGUUACUUCAAACGCCAGGGCACACUCCAUCUCUAGAGGCUUAAAAAAGAAGAAAAAAUUUGAUAAAGGCCGGGAAUGGUACAUCUGUGAAGGCUUUCAAUACAUUCUCUGGAAGCAAGCUGAAACUCUGCAGUCUUUGGGAGUUUCUUCACAGUUGAAGGAUGAAGUUCUGUAUCAUUUAUGGAGACAUUACCUUCAGAAGAGCAGGCAGGCUUAUUGUGACAAGCCCCAUAGGGAUGCAGCUCAUGAUACCUUACCAAUGUGUGACUCCAGUACUGAAGUCGACACGGAGCUAGAAAUUUCUAGACAUCUUAGCUUGCCUUGCUCUGCAAGUGAUACAGAUGUGGCAUCUGAAUCUAGCAUUGAAGGUAUUUCUUCUACUAGCAAAAUAUCAGGAAGAUCUCUCUGGUCUGGAUCAGUGGAUGGUAGCUCAUACUUACAGAAAAAGAAGAAAGGAGAGGUGAGAAUGUCGAUGCCAAUGACCCUGGCUUUCUGCUAUUUGGCCUUGCUCUGGCUGAGGGAAUCAAUUACGUUGUCAGAUCUCUUAAGGCUGGUUAUGGAUGGUCAUAUUCCUUACUUGAAUGCUUAUAAAGAUUUCCCAGAGGAGAUGAAGGUGUAUGGGACUGACUUCAAGAUCUUUCAUGUAGAGUCUUGGCCUGUGUAUGAAGAUGUUCAUGAAAAAAUGCAGGCUCUUGCCGCAUACCUGGAGCUACCUUGUUUUCCAAAUAUAGUAGAAAGCAGCUUCCUUCAUCCAAACAUUCUCUGCAUGAAGUAUUUAAUGGAAGUUAACUUGCCUGACGACAUGCACAAUUGGAUAUGCAGAGUGGUAAGAAAAACUGGGAUUGGGGAAACAGACUUCCUUACACUUCAUCCUAAGAAUAAAUCAGCUCGAAAAGUGAAAUACGAUAUACUUGCCAUAGCUGUGGUUGUAGUGGUGCUGAAAAUUCUGUUCUUGCUGGAUGACAAAUAUGAAUGGUUACUAGCAGACUAUGCUGAAGAGAGAAACAAAACCGACAAAGAAGGCUGUCCAGUUUUUGAUAUUCGAAAAUGGUAUCUGGUUGUAAAGAAUGCUCUGGAUGUGGAGCAGAAGAAAUUCAAUGAAGAAAGAAUCAGGCAUUUAUGGCGAUGUGAGAAGCCACUAUUGUAUACAGCCCAGGAAAAGUAUGCAGUUCUCAAGAAAAGACAAAUGGUACUGGAUCUUCAAAGGCAAUUUCGUAAACUGUCUGGCUCCAUGGAACCUACUGAGAAGCAAAAGCCUUCAAGUUUCCAGCUAUAUUGGACUGAAGAAAAUGCAGAAAGAACUUGUUUUCAUGGGCACAGCCUGGAUGGAAUAUUGCAACAAAAAGGCGACAUAUUUACAACUCUGAACAGAAACUAUUGGCUCUGCACAACUAAAUUGUGCAAGGAGAGGAAAUGUGGUCAUUUGGCACACUAUGAAGAAUCAAAUUUCCCCCAUACCUACCAAUUUGUGUUAAAUCUGUUCUCUUUUGUCCUGCGGGUGCAGCCCUCUCUCAUCCAUGAAGAAGUGUGUGCAAUAGAACAUAAACUCUUUUAUUCAAAACUUUAUAAAAAAUCCAGACGGUCCAAAGUUCCAAAAAGUAGGUCCAAAAAACCAGAGACCACUUUAAGAGAGUGAAAUUACCUAUGGUUCCUUAACUCCACUGAAAUAAUCAGAUUAAGACAUGCAGCUUCUCUGCAAUUAGUCUGUACUUGGGCCAGGUUCAUAUGUCACAUUCCCAAUCGCAUAAAACCAUGAUUUGUUGGAGCAGAAACAAAUGCUGUGUUUGGCCACUUCAUAAAAGACUACUUAGUUUCUUAGAUCAAUUUCCUAUAACAUCUAAACUGGGAAACUGGCUUCAGGACACCCAACAGGACUGCAAACCACAUUUAUUGGACUGGGAAUGUGACGCUGCAGAGCGGGUGAUAUUUUGAUCAGACUAAUUACCAAAGACUGUUUUUUUGCCCAUACAAUAUGAGUGAUAUUGUAAAGUUUCAUCUUUUAUGUAUUCUGAACUUGUUUACUACUGUAAAAAAAAAUCACAAUAUAUUGACUUUUUUUUGCAAUAAAAAUAUUUUUUCAAACAAAA